AUGCAACGUGUUGUUGAUUUAAGGUGGGAAAAGGAAAAGGAUUCUUGCGUUGAUUUACAAGUUCUUGAACUUUUAGUAAAUGCUGUUACGCAAGGUAUUCAAGAUGCUCGUCAAAAUAGUGCCUCUCAAUUGGCUCCAAGACUUGAAAAAUUAUUGACCGAAACUAUUACUUCUCGAAUUACCUCCAAUCAACAUAUAUGGCGUCUCUGUGCUAAAUUUUGGUUUUGGAAGAAGGAAUACGACGAAGCUCUCGAAGCGUAUUUGAAAGCAUAUCGAAGCGUUUUACAUGAUCCAAAUUUAGGGAAUUCGUACGAUGUAUUUGAAAAAGUAGCAAAUGCUGCAUUAGAAGUUGUAGAAGCGUAUCAAAAUUUUGGUGAAAAGAAAGUUUUACGUAAAAUAGACUCUAAUGAUGAUGGUUUAGAAAUCGAAAAAAUCGUUUGUAAAGAUUGGAAAUAUCAGGCAAAGAGUUUAUUGAAGAGUUUGAUAGGAAGGACAAAAACUUCUUUUGAGGGCACACCAAUGCAUGAUAAGCUAAAAGAAGUGGCAAAUGAAUUAAGUGAAUAA